AUGGCGAGCGAGGCGAAGGAGAUGAAGUACAGGAGGAGGGGCAGGGUCCCCGACCCGCCGUCCGAGUACGGGCAAUGCAGCGACCGGAGCGGCGCGCUGGACUGGGCCGCGCUCAAGCACGACCCCGCGGAGCUGCUCCGCAAGCUCGACGAGAUACGGGACCAUAUCACCCGCUCCUGCGAGCUCAUGGGCCAGCCGCCGGAGCGCCACCGCGUGAUGAGCCGCCGCACGGUCUCGCUGCGCCCCUCGUACGCCGAGCCGCCGCCGCCGCCGCACGCGGCAGACCGGAGGCCGCCGGACCACUACCGCUCGCGCUAUGCCGGCCGGUACAGGACUGGUUUGGCACCGAGUUCGUAUGACCAGCUGCAGCGCUCCGUCUCCGACGAGACGUACGCCAGGCAGCCCAGCGGGCGGUUCCGGCAGCAGUACCAUGAGGGGAAGCGGGAGAGCUACGGCUUUGCCCAGGGGAGGCGCCAUCACAGCGCUUGCCAGUGCGCGCAGUGCCUUCAGAGCCAGCGGGCGGUGGCGGCGCCGCCCGAGGAGCACAUCCUGAUGGCCAGGUACUUCGCAGGGCAGCAGGGGCAGGGGUCCUUUCGCUUUGAUAGAUCCCAGCCAAUAUCGUCGGAGCUUGACCAGAGUUCGGUGGCUUCAUCUCUGUACUCGCACCUUUCCAUGUCGAAGAGGAGGGUCGAGUAUUUCAGGAAGAAAGCAGAGAAAUCUUGCCAGCCGAUGAGGGGCGCUGCACCUUUUGUUGUGUGCACCUCCUGUUCCCAUCUUCUGCAGUUGCCUCAGGGGAAAUUCACAGGCCGGAAGAAGAAUCAGGUUCAGUGUGGUACAUGUUCUGAGAUCAUUACUUUCAAGCCUAAGGAAGUGAAAGUUCAUCCUGUGAUCCCGCUGUCAUCUUUCCUUGUAUCAAAAAGUGUCAGAACUAGAGGCUCCAAUCACUGGGAUGCCAAGAGUUCCAGGUGGUAUCAACAUCAGGAUGAUGACAACUUUAAUUUCUAUAAGCUGCAAGCACACGACAUCCACCGACAGAAGAAGGAUUUUGCUGACAGUAUGUCGCCAUCUUCUACCGCGAGUUAUGAUAGAACAGACAGUGAGCAUGGGUCAAACAGGAGCAUUCAGUUAAAAUCAGUGCCUACCAGCAGGUCUAGAUUUUCAAAUGACCCAAAGGAUAUAUUAUGUCAAGGAGAUACAGGCAGUCAAGUGGAAGCUUCAGGACAGUGUACAGUCAGUCCACAGGGUCCAAUUUUAGUGGACAAACAAAUUGAUCCGUUCUCCAGUCAAAGGAAAGAUUAUAGUGGUGGAACUCAAAUCAAAAGAAAGGAAUAUGACAUAAAUACCAAAUCAGAUUAUGAAGCCAAUGCUAGAGAUGAAAGUCUCAGUAGGAAAUGCAUACAGAAGAGCAAAGAAGGCCAUAAGGUUGGGCUUGGAGAUGAAUUCAGUAAUGGAAGAACACAUGAACAAAAAGGUAGACACGGUAAUAUUGGCAGUCCUGAAGAUGGAAUCGUGGGCAACAAAUACAAACAUAAGACCAGUAAUGUUGUUACUAGCAGCCCUGAAGAUGAAGAUAUGAGCAUCAAGCAUGAACAUAAAAGUAGCUUUAGAGUUGAAGAACUUAGUAAGAGAGAUGACAAAUGCAACAAAAAGGAUGGCAGCAAUAUUCUUGAAGUUAAGAGCAUAGCUAGGGGAUGUGAACAAGACAGCAUCAAAGAUGACUGUGGGAAAUUGCUGCACUCAGGUAGUAGAAAUGGCAACAGAGCAGCCAAGAAUGAUUCAUCAGUUAAGGAACACACAAAUUCAAUUUCUCGUGUGUCUUCGGAGGCCGAGUUAGAUGAGAUACAAUCUUCAGUUGGUAAGAAUGGGGAUUCAUCCUUUUUUACUGGUUUCCUGAAGAAAGGUUUAAAGGACCUUUCUUUAUUCAACCAGUCUGUAGACAGUGCUAAGGUUUCAAUCAAUGGUCAUCCAAUCUCUGAAAGAGCUCUCCGGAAAGCAGAGAAGAAAGCUGGACCAGUUGGCCCUGGUUCAUAUUGGUACGACUAUCGUGCUGGAUUUUGGGGUGUCUUUGGACAAGAAUGUAGAGGCAUUAUACCACCAUUUAUAAAAGAAUUCAACUAUCCGAUGCCCAAGAAUUGUGCUGGUGGUAAUACUGGAGUUUUUGUAAAUGGCAGAGAGCUCCACCAGAAAGAUUUUGAUUUGCUUGUAGGGAGAGGGCUCCCUCGUAUACCUGGAAAGUCAUAUUCUGUUGAGAUAUCAGGAAAUGUGAUCGAUGAUACGACUGGCACGAAGCUACGUGGUCUUGGAAAGCUUGCUCCCACGAAAUGUGCAGUAAUUAAUGCAUGA